AUUCAAAUCGAAAUCCAAGUGGUCAUGGCUCCAUUGUCUAACAUAGACAUAACAGAUAUACUGACUCAUAGAACUUGCUGUCAUUAGGCACUACUGAUAGUAGCCAAAUUUUGUCUCUAGAUCCCCCUCAAUCUAAGGAUGCUUUGGGGGAAAUGAAUGUUGAACAGAUCUUGAAUUCACACUUCACAACUAACAGCAUUCUCCCUCAAACUUUGGUGCCACUUUGUUCAUUGUUUGAGACUCCUUUACCAUAUCUUGCAGAUAUGGGAAGUGCAAAAAUGAUCCAACUAGUGGUAUAUUAUGUCCCCAUCUGGCAAACUCUGUCAGAAGCAUCAGAAGUUCAGCAAGUCUAAAGCUGUGGUAAAGUUUGAUUUUGUGAGGCAUGGGAACCUCAAUUUCUCUUCUGAGGCCUGAUCUCUUUCAUAGUUGGCUUUCUAAGGGAAAAACUUUUCUUAUUUUUCUUUCCCUCUUCCACUUCCCUUCCCCCACCUCUGCUUUGUCCAGAGCCUUUCUAAGAAAGCCAAAUUCCCCUGAACAUGCUAAAAGAAAGCUUGCAAGAACAUCUGCUUUCCAUCUGUGGAGCCAGACAUAUCCCCAGGCAACACUAUUAGCAGUGAUGGAUCUGGAAGGGAGCAUUAAGUGCCGAAGAAGCAUCUGAUGAGAAAGAGGAACCCAGCACAUAAAGCUAACCAUAUUAUUUGCCAGGUAUUCUUGUUUCUACCCAUUGCUCCCAAUGGACAACCAUCUCCUCCAAACUCCUAUUCAGGAGAAGACCUGCUGUUUUCUUGCUGAUUUAAGUAUUUUCAAGUGUCUUACAUUUGUGCCUCAGGUGAUCAAAUGAGAACUACCAAGUGCUCAGUUAAAAAGCGACUGUUGAAAAGUAGAAGUGUUCAAAAGGGAAUCUGAAAUCGGGGAACUGCAAAGCACCUACGAGAAGUCAACGACAGCAGCAAUUCCGCAGAGAUAUUUUGAGUAGAGUUGGUGCAGUGCAUAAACUUAGGCAAGAAGGCUUUUCCAUUCCUUGUUUUCUGCAUAGCAGCACCCAAAUCUACUUAGUAGUGCAUACAAAGGACUCCUGGGAUCAGUAGUUCCAGUGCUAUGAAUGGGGAACGGGGAACUGUAGUAAGUCAUUUCUUUUGAGAUUACUGCUUGCACAUAACACUGGAAAAUACAGUUACAUAGUUUAAAAUAAAAUGUUGCAGAAUGACCUCUGUGUUGACUGGCCUGAGUUCUACUCUCAAUUCUGUCACCUGAAACUGUGGCCAUUUCUUUCCCCUCUCCCAGACACUGAUUCAGAAGACUCAGAAAGGAUCCCCUUGCUUUCUAAGCUCCUUCUCUGAGAGGAAACUAGGUGUGGCUAGGUCUAGAUCUAAGUUUUAUGUCUAAAGGAUGAUGUGUGUACUUGCUUAACAGAAUAAAAAUCUGGCCUCUCAAAUACUUCUGUCGAAACACUUUCACAAAAUCAAAAAUAGAUUGCUUACUGAGGUAAAUAUAACAGAUUCAAAACUGCCAUUGAUAAAUUUACUAGCUACAUUAGUGCUGAAUAAAUUUCUUAUGUAUCUUAACAAGGUUUGUGUUCUUAAUUUAACACUGAACCCUCACAAAGUAACAGGACAUAAGCCUUGGCACAAAGUCAAGUAUUUGAUAGAGUGUAUUGAUAGAAGUGCUUAAUGCCAUGCUUCGGGGAAUCACCUAGGCUUUCUCUAACUUAAAAUGUUUCUUUUCCAUUAAAGUUCUUAAGAUAUCACUUAAAGUACUUCUGAAGGAAUUUAAAUAUCGAUGUAAGUAUUGCAGAAAUCAAGGAGGUUGAAUUUACACUUGCAUUGUAAACUUGAUUUAAAGUUCUGGUGGUGCUUAACAACUUUGAUCCCAUUUGUUAAUUAUCGCAGGAAGAAAAGUCACAAAUUGUCAUACUGGAUAAUUUCUACCACCCUGCUUUCUAGCAUUUCUCAAGACAUGACCCACCUGUUAAUCAUUUUAGGACUACGCUUGUGUCAAAGGGACUGCAAUUUCCAAGUGCUUAGUAUGGUCUGAGAAGAACUACAAAAUACCUACAGCAUCCAAAAGGUGUGUAAUUUACGUAUGGAUCAGAAAAUGCAGCAAAUGUAUUGGUGUUGGUUUACUCAGUGUGAGGUAUCACUGUUUUCCAUUUUAACACAGCAGUAAAUCACACAUCUUUAUUCCAACCAUUCUAGAAGUGCAGAAGAUGCAACUGGCUUCUGCUAUCAAAAAGGACAUAGCCAUAUGUUUCUGACAGCAUUAUAAUAGGGUUUUGUUUGUCCAGUUAUAGGAGAAUGUGAGGCUAAUAGCACUUAACCAGAAAGAUAAAGAACUGUAGUUUGUUUCCUCAUCCAGUUACAGCUUACUGAAACCAACAGCAAUAACAAUAAAGUCCCAGAGUGAACCCCACUCUAAAGAGUAGACAGAGAGACUGAACUUGUGGAUGAACUCAGUAAUUGCUUCAAUGGGUAUUCCAGCAGAAAGGUAAUAGAAAAAUUGUUCUCAUUUGUUACACUCAUUCGUAUUCUUUGUAGUGAAUAGCUAAUAAGAAGAGAAGCACAUGUGCUAAUUACCUCUGAGUGUAGAAGAAUAGGAUCCUUCCCCUGCUGAGGAGCCAUGAAGUAUUUAAAUCACGAGUCUCACUUGGAUUUGUAACUGGGGGAACUUUUGCAAUAAUCUUCCCCAAGGACAGGUAUUAAGGGGGCAUAAAUGAAAAUGGAACAUCAUUUUCCUGAUAACUGUUAGCUUGAAGUCUGAAAUAUUUCCAGUAACUUGAUUCAGACUGGUGGAUUAGAGAAUGGAGGAAUCUUUUUACAGCUUUGAGCAGGAAGACCCCACUUCCGAAUUUCUCUUCUGGGACCAAGAUCCCAACGACGAGCUCCAUCUGGACAACCUCCUUCUGGACUAUUCCUCCCCGGCAGACCACUUGUUCCCUUGGCCUUCCUCUGCGUGCCUUCCAGCAGCCCCCAGUAGCCCGGUAGCACCGCCGAGCCCGUUGGACGGAGCUCCGGAGCGGACGCGGGGUGCUGAAGCGGACAGCUCCCCUCCGCCCGGCCCCGCCGCGCCGCGCCCCGGCAGCGCCCACCGCCGGGCCGCCAACGUCCGUGAGAGGAAGAGGAUGCUGAGCAUCAACUCGGCCUUCGAUCGGCUCAGGUGUCACGUUCCCACUUUCCCGUACGAGAAACGGCUCUCCAAAAUCGACACUCUCCGCCUGGCCAUCGCGUACAUCGCUCUCCUUGGAGACAUCCUGCUCUCCGGCUGCGAACCCAAAUCCUACGUGGAGCAGUGCCUGAAGAGCAGCUUGCAAAGCCACCGCCAGGCAACCUGGAAUACAAGCGAUCUGACAGCCCGCCUGUCUUGGAUGAAGUGGGAUUAA